GUAUUUGAUUGACAAUACUGACAUUUUGAUUGACAAAUAAUCGCUGUUUUUAUAAUUGUAAAUAUUAAGAUUAAAAUAUAGUUUAUUUGUAAUUUCUGAAGAUUUUUUCAGAAGAACCUCUUUUUUACGUAAUUUUACUUUUCUAUUUUAAUACUGCGUAAGACUAUUAUUUUAUCCUACAGUUUUAGAUAUCGUAGACGAUAAGAAACGCGUUCACUAUCAUAUGAUCUAUUUAUUAUUCAGUGUAAAUGUUAUUCUUUCGGCUUAUCGGAAGCGCCUUAUUGUUACGAGUGGCUAACGUCUGGAGCGGAGAAGUAAUGGCUACCGGUAUUAAACAAUGCAGCAGCGGCAGAAUCCGAUACUUAACACAAUCAGAAGCGGCUAAUUUAGACCAGGAAUUGUUCAAUGAAUAUAAAUUUAGUGUUGAUCAGCUUAUGGAAUUGGCGGGUUUGAGUGUAGCGACUGCUGUUGCCCGCACUUAUCCACCGUCUACAUAUCAAUCAGCACUUAUAAUUUGUGGGCCAGGUAAUAAUGGAGGCGAUGGAUUGGUGGCAGCACGUCAUAUGGCAUUAUUUGGUUAUACUGUUGCUGUCCACUACCCGAAAAGAACACCAAAACCAUUGUACGAGAAUCUAUUUGAACAGUGUAAAAGAUUUGGAGUGAACAUUGUGGAGAAACUUCCACCUGCACAAGAUUUGGCUAAUAAUUACAAAAUACUAGUGGAUGCCUUAUUUGGAUUUAGUUUUAAGCCACCAGUUAGAGAUGAACUGAAGCCAGUAUUGAACACUUUAAUAGAUAGUGGACUACCAGUGUGCAGUGUGGACAUUCCAAGUGGAUGGCAUGUGGAAAAGGGUCCUGAUUCUAGUCAUGCCUUGAAACCAGCAAUGUUAAUAUCUCUUUCUGCACCAAAACUUUGUGCUCGGCCUGAAAUCUUAAAUGACACUAAACACUUCUUAGGAGGUAGAUUUUUACCGCCUGAAAUAAUUACCAAAUACAAUCUUACACUACCUAAUUAUCCUGCACAGGACCAAGUAGUACAAUUAUCUUGUUAAGUUUUUUGUCUUUAAAAGCAAAAAAGUACAUGCAUUUUGAGUUUGUAAAAUAGUUCAUGGAAAGGAUUAUUUAAUUUCUUUAAAUUGUGGUAGUUUAUAUUAUCCUGUUAAUAUUGUAAAUAAAACUGUUUUUACUUUGCAA